GGGGAACACCUCGGCCGCACUCUCAUUGGUUCCAGCAGGCCGGAAGUGCGUGCGACCGGCGGAAGUGCUCCUUCGGCGCGGUCCGCCAGGCCAGGGCCCUCAGCCAUCUCCACCCCCAGGUGGUUUGAACUUUGAGCCUUUUGUAGUCCUGAUGAAUAAUUUCAUUUUCCUCAAGUUUAUGACACUUGGAACGUCAAGAACUCGAGGUUUCUGCAGUUUGAGACCCGUCAGCACCGUGCAGAGAUCAGAGAACGCUAUUCAGGCAGCUAUCAGCCAGGCCUUUAAAACCCCAGAGGUCAUCAGAUUGUUUGCAAAGAAACAACCAGGUCAGCUUCGGACAAGGUUAGCAGAGAUGGAUAGAGAUCUGAUGGUAGGAAAGCUGGAGAGAGACCUGUACACACAACAGAAAGUGGAGAUACUAACAGCUCUCAGGAAACUUGGAGAAAAGGUACCAGUAUUUAAUAUAUUAGGUACAUUAGGCUCUGGAGACAAAGUCCUUGCUCUGGCAAGUUUUGAGGUUGAAAAAACAAAAAAAUGACAUGGUGCAGAAGCUCGUAACAUUGAUCACAUUCUUAUUGUAAAUGGCGUCUUUCCUCUGGGGGUUUUCAGUUAUGCAAAGAAAUGAAGAGAUUCUGGAAAUGCAUCAAUAACCUAAGAAAAAGUGACAUAAAAGUAUACUUACGGCUUGUGUUUAUGCCCUUCAUCAUUGUGCAUUGUGUGGGGUUACCUGCUUACGUGAUCCUGAACUUGCUGUGACAGGUUCUCACUGAACUCUACGUGUGAUUUGUCUAAAAGAGAAAACAAAGUGGACUUGGUUUUUAUUAAGGCUGUUUGUUUUUAAGUGUUGAUAGUGAAUGAAAAGAUGUGUAGUAAUGAUAUUUUUCUGCUUACAACUUAUCCCCACUCAUUAGAGUGAACAGCGAAGCAAGCUCAGUAGACUUCACAUGUGUUCAUAGAAUUUUAGAGUUCCAAGGGAUCUUAAAAAUCAUUUCUGUUUUUACAAACAAGGAAACUGAGGUCCAGAAAGAGCAAGUGACUUGCUUAAAGUUACAUUAGAGAGCUGAUGGUAAAACUCAGGUGUCCUAGCUCCCAGUUUAGUAUCUUGAAUUUUAUUUCUGUACCAUUUUAUAAAAAACAACACUAUUAGUGCAAGUCAGUGUUUUUGAAAAUUCAGUGUCCCAAUAAAAAGUUGACUGCACA